AUGGAACCAACAAACGCUCUACCUUUUCCGGAGGUGGAUAUAAAAGUUGAAGAUGUGGCCAUUCGAUUUGAUGAUGAUGGGGUACAAAACGAAUACGUCGGAGAUUUUAAUUCAGGAGUGUAUUGUCCAAAUCAAGAGCCAGGACCAUACAACAUGCCACCACCACCACCAGCACCAGAUAAUUCGAAUAAUAAUUUUAAUUAUCAUUUUUUAUCACCACCACAAGAGGCAUAUCCGAAAGAAUUGCCCAAACGUUUUCCAUGCACUCAAUGUCAUAAAUCAUUUUCUCGAAGUCAUCAUUUGAAAAGUCACAUGAGGACACACACAGGAGAACGUCCAUUUGCAUGCGAUUUAUGCCAAAGAUCAUUCGCCAAACAUUCUGAUUUGACGAGACACAAACAAUUUGUACACGGAUCAGUGACAACAUUUUACAUAUGCGAAGAAUGUGGGAGAACAUUUUCGAGGAAGGAUCAUUUGAAAUCGCAUUUGUUAACACAUAAGAAUCGACCGUUGAAAUCGUCCGGGGAAAACGACGACGAUUCAUUCAUAAAAACAUAUUCAUGCGAUAAUUGCGGGAGAGCUUACAUUCGUUUGGAAAAUUUGAAAAAGCAUCAGGAGCAACGUUGCGAAAGCGUCGAGAAAUCGGGAAAUAUAUCAAAGACAAUCGUGGACGAUUUGAAAGACGAAAGGAUAACGGAAAAAGUAUUCAAGGGAAUCAAUUUUCAUUUCAUGAGCGUCAACGACGUGAAAAAUCGCGUCGACAACACUCUCAGAUCUUAUCCUUGCGAAUUUUGCAGUCGAUUGUUCAUAAGGAAAGAUCAUUUGAAAAAUCACGAGAGAACGCACACGGGGGAGAGACCCUUUCAAUGCGAACGUUGCGACAAACGUUUUGCAAAACGAUUCGUUAUGACCCGUCACCUGAGAAACGUUCAUCGUGUCAACACGAAAAUGCACAAAUGUCCGGAUUGCGAUAGAAUGUUCGCGAGAACGGAUCAUUUGAAAACUCACAUGAGGAUUCACAUAUUGGCCGCCGUGAGAAACAAAACGAAGAGCAAAGUUCACAUUUGCGGUAUAUGCGAGAAAGAAUUCACGAGGAGCGACAAUUUGAAAACCCACAUGAAAAUUCACUUGUUGGCCGCUGUCAAACUCCAACAGCAAGAUACAAACAAUCCUCAUCAAGUGAUGAACAACGUUAAUCCAAACGAACCAGAAGAAUAUAAAUUGCCACAGUAA